UACACUGUACUAGAUCACAAUAGUUUCUUACUGAUCUGAAAUCCUCCAACAAGACAGCAUCACUUAGUGAGUAAACCAGCAAAAUGGGAAUGCAAAAGGAAUGUCUCUCAAAAGUUGGCAAUUUCUUAAGAAUCAAAAAUAAACUGUUAAGGCAAGCUUUGGCAGAAUGUUUGGGGACGUUAAUACUUGUGAUGUUUGGCUGUGGAUCAGUAGCACAAGUUGUCCUUAGUGAGGGUCAAAAGGGACGUUUCCUAACAGUCAACUUAGCCUUUGGAUUUGCUGUGACCCUUGGGAUCCUUGUAUGUGGACAAGUAUCUGGUGGUCAUCUAAAUCCAGCUGUGACCUUUGCUUUAUGCCUACUUGGUCGUGACAGGUGGCGCAAAUUCCCAAUAUAUUUCUUUGCUCAGACAGUAGGCUCAUUUAUUGCCGCUGCUAUCAUCUAUGGACUGUACUUUGAUGCUCUGAUGAACUAUGGAGGUGGUCAACUGAGAGUAACAGGAGCUAAUUCAACAGCUGGAAUCUUUGCAACCUAUCCAGGAGAACAUCUCACAACGCUAAAUGGAUUCUUUGAUCAGCUCAUUGGCACAGCAGCUCUGAUUGUCUGUAUCCUUGCGAUUGUCGAUCCUUACAACAACCCUAUUCCCAGACAUCUAGAGGCAUUCACUGUUGGAUUUGUAGUCCUGGUCAUCGGUCUUUCAAUGGGACUGAAUUCUGGAUAUGCUGUUAAUCCUGCUAGGGACUUUGGACCCCGACUUUUCACAGCAAUGGCUGGAUGGGGCUCAGAGGUUUUCACUGCUGGAUCACACUGGUGGUGGGUACCUAUAAUUUCCCCAUUUAUUGGAACAGUUAUUGGAACAGCAGUAUACCAGAUAAUGAUUGGUAUCCAUGUUGAACUCGAUGUUCCUGCAAGCCCUAGCACCCCAGAAGAAGCUGUCAAGCUGGCAAAAAUAAAGGCAAAUGAAACUGCAUGACAGAUGAGCAACUUUUCUAGCUAAUGGCCAAGGAGAAGAUUAGAACAACCAAAGAAUAUUUUGCUUCAUGUUUAAAAGAUCUUUAACACGAUUGUUAUUCUCCUCAUUAGUUUUAUGAACUGCUUUGUGUCUGAAUGGAAUGCAUGUCAUUACUGAAUUUGUUCAUGCACUACAGUUCACAAGUAAUUCAGUUAUUUCUGAGUUGUUUUUUGAAGUCUAAAGAGGAACUUGUAUUGCAAAUUGUAGCUUGGAAAGAAAAGAUAACAAAGUUUGAGUACGCGCAAAGGUGGAUGUACUGCUGUCAAAAACUGAAAACUACUGAGCAGUUUAUUUAUGGUGGCUGAGAAGAACAGUCAUUUGUGCUCAGUAAUGCCAUUUCUUUUGUUGCCCGGAACAGUAGGGGAUUUAGCGAAGGACCAAUAACAGAUAUGUUGUUCUUAUUUCACAGUCAUUUUCUUCUGCAUUUUAAAUUAGCAUUACAUAACCAGAUGUUUGGAGAUUACAGUGACAGACUUGUGGUAAUGGAAUAUUUCUGUAUCAGUGCUGUGUAUUGGACAUGAAUGUUAACAUAUUAUCUGUCUGAUGUAGUGAGUAGAUUUUAGAAUAAUACUGAUUCUUAUUUACAUCCUGUAUAUCUUAGUGAAAAAUAUGUAUAAUAACUUCUGCUUCAAAAGACCAAAGUGCACGAGUACACACAGGCACACAAACACACACAAAAAUAAAUAAAUAAAAGCAAAAUGCUGAAUGGAAAGCCCAGACGUUAUGCUUCCUUAAAUAAAGAACAGCAGUUCUAGUGCUAAAAAAUAAUAGAUUAAAUGUGAUGUGAAAUAAUUUUUAAUAAGAAAGGAGCUGUCUUGCAUGCGAGAAGACAUAGCUUCUUCCAACAUCUUGCGCUAAUACAUUUUCAUUCUAUGAUCAUAUAACCACAGAGACAGAAGGAAUGCUUGUUUUUUCACAAAAGCCAAUUAUGUCUGUUUUCUAUCUUGCUGGAAAAUUUCAGAAUUAUAUAAUAUUAGUAGCUGAGGCAAAGGAUAGCCUCUCAAAUGAGAGGUAGAGGAAGUCUGACUCCCCUGCAAAAGCAGUUUUUGGUAAAAGCAGAUUUGGAACUUUUACAUUUAGCAUUUUGCAGUUCAUUUUUUUAUGCUUUAGUCUUCUGAAGAGGAAAUAGGCACACACAAACACACACACACACACACACACACACACACACACACACACACACACACACACCCAUGUCAGAAGAACAAUGCAAUAGUAUCCAUCCAUACAAUCUUGUUAAAUGUAAAUGUAAAUAUAAAUAACGUUUCGCAAUCUCUAUGAAAAAUUAUCUAUUAUCAGUAAACAUAGAUAACACUGUUAUGACUGUUAUUGUCUGAAUUGUUUUAAAUGAAAUCAGAUUUAUCAGAACCACAAUUGUGCAUUUGCCAGGAAUAUAGCUAUGACUUUGUACAAUAACCUGCUGGUCUGUAUGAUUAUGGUUCUGUGCACCCAUGUUUAAAACUUUUAUGUCUAUGGCAUUGCAUAUUAAAAUUAGAUUAAUAAAUAUCAUAAGGGACGUAAUUGUUUUAGAUGCAAGCAAAUAUUAAUGAAUUAAUAUAGUUAAUGGUAACCUCUGUAGGAUGUCAUGUAUGGAAUACUGCCAUCUGAGUUUUCUGGGCUAGCUGACUUCUUAGUCAUGAGUAAAUGCAGUGGUGCCUAACGUUAGCCCACUUCAGUGAUUCCCUUCUUAUUCAGUAACUCGUAAUGCAUUAAUAAAUCUUGUGUUACAUGCACAUUUCAUUGUUUGAACUACCUGCUCGAAUACUCAACAUAAUGUGUCUCAGAUUAUUUACACACUUCACACAUAUUAAGGCAUGGUGUUGUAGCUCUAUUGUGAGCUUCAGCAAACAGACUAUAUAAGAUGAUAUGGGAAAAAUGCAUGCAUGACAAAAUUUGAUGAAAUCAUGCUCUUUCCUUUGCUGGUGAUUUCUAUUUCUUCCUACAAAUUGAAUUCAGCUACCCAGUCAUUUAAAAUAUUUUACUGGAUGGAAGAACUCAUAUGAAUUUGUUGUCUUGGUUAAUGCAACAUUAUAAAUGGGGAGACAGAGAUAGACUAGCAUUUAUUCUGGUUACCAGUGGAAGAAUGACUACCUAUCAAAAUCGGUCCAGUAAAUUAUUGAUGAGGGCUAAUACUUUUGUUGCAUCGCUUCUGUGAUCUAAAUUGGCAAUAAUUCUACUGUAGGUACAAGAAAAUGAGACUCAUAAAUAAUUUUUGAAGACUUUCUCUUCUAGGUUAACAGUCAUACUUAUUUUAUAGAAAAGGUUAAAAAACUAUAUUUUUUGGAAUGUGCUAAAGUUUGAAGCUUUAUGUGAACAUUAGCCAUUAGACUGAAGAGAACCGAAUCAAGAAUUUGCUGAUAUGUUCUCAAUAGUCACAAGAAUAAGCAACAUUUGUUAUGAAUAAGGAUUUGUCAGUCCUUUACUUAUUAAUAUAAUGUACUAAGAAUUCCUUAUUUUCAUUGGAUGUGACCCCUUAUCCUUGGGGCUACUACAUAUAAACAAUACUGCACUCCUACUUAUAAAUGCUGCUCUGGCAUGUAUGGUUUGCUUGUGGGGAGGGGGUCCUAUUGCUGCUGAUUGAAGAUAUUGUCCGUGGCAGCCCAGCUAACCAUCUGGUUGCUGGUUCCCCCCACCCCACCCUCAGAGACUCCUUACGUUGCUUCCACUUCUCCAUGUUUGCACAAGACCUGGAGAGUUAAUUAGCAAUGCUAUCAUAAUGAAUCUCUAUUUUUUUUUUUUUUUGUUUUUUUUUCUUAUCAUGUAUCCUGUGCUUCCCUGAAGGGGCUCAAGGUCUCUACAGUGAACAAAUUAAUGUUGCCUUCGAAGUAGAGGUUGCACACGUUGCAAUAUGGCUCCUCUGUACCAUGCUUGUGUAUUAAGAGCAGCCCCUUCAGUGUCCUUCAUGGGAACUAUGUUUGUAGAAUAGGGUAUCACCAUCACCUGUACCUUUGGGAAAGCAAGCCUGGCAAAAGUGUUCAUUUCUUUCCUUGCCUUUGUCAACUGUCUUCCAUCUAGGCUGAUACUCAAACCAGAACAUCAGCAUUACAGGCAAAGCCUUACUUGUCACCACUGGGAAUUUGUAAUAUAUUUUAUUUUAUUUUUGAUGUAUUUCCCUAUGCAAGAGUCUAUUUAGAAGUGGGAUUUGGUGAACUUUGUUCACAGAUUCCAGGUCAGGAUAUGCUAUUUGUUCAGUAAACAGCAAUAUAUCUACAUCAAUUAUUUAGGCACCACACAUACUUAUUAGCUUAAUGGAAUCAUGUUUUGAUUAAUUCAAGGCAAAAUAAUCCAAAUAUUCUAUAUUUAAGAAACUAGAUAAAGUUAUUAAAACUGAGAUCUUUAAUAUUAAUAGGCAUAGUAUAAGAACUGAAUAUAAUGUAUGCAGCUACCUUGAGUACAGCCUUUUCAGUUCUUCUAACCAGUAAGUUAAAUUAAAACAAUGUCACGGGCAUGAAUAUUCAAUGUCGCCAAGUAAAAGCCAUAUUUUAAGAGAUACUGCAAGCUAUUCUUUUUGAAAUGUAAAACAUUUGUAAAUGAUUAUGUUGCUAAAAUGUUUAGGCUUUGUGUUUCAUUGUUUUAUUUACUUGCAUUAGUUAGUUUAAUGUGUCAGAUGAUGUCUCUAUAUUUGAAUAUUUGCAGCUUGAUUAUGAAGCUUGUUGACCAAAAACAGUGCCUUUCUUUUAAGUAGAGCUGGACCCGUGGUCUUUGCUUCAUUCUGAGGUGCAGUGAACUCAGAAUUAAUUGAAUUAUGUCUGGAAUGUGAGGGCUUCCCCCAAAAGGAAAAUGAAAAUUAGCAUUGGUUAAAAUGGACUCAAGGACUUCACCCAAAAGGAAAACAAAAAUCAGUAUUCUCACCUUUAGCUUAAAGGCAACUACAACUGACAUUGAGAGGCCCGAGAACUAUCUACCUGACAUUUCAGACUUUUAUAUUGAAAAACUGAGUAUCGCAUAUAAAAGGUCAAAUGUAAAUGCAGUGAAAUUUUUUUUUUUCAUUAACUGUUUUAUUGACAUCUUAAGGAAAUAUUACUGCCUUUAUUUCCUGUAAUGUUCAUUUGUUAUUUUUGUAUAUAAACUUUGAGAUACAAACUGCA